AUGAAUGAUGUCCAGCAGCUGAUAGAUCAUGAGAAAGAGCUGGAAGGGGUGAGCUCCAGUUUGGAGCAAGAGCAGCCACAGCCCCUCCAAAUCAAAGAGGAAGAGAAAGAUCCACAUCCCCUCCAGUUGAAGGAGGAAGAGGAGGAUCUACAACCCCCACACAUUAAAGAUGAAGAGGAUCCACAGUCCCUCUACGUAAAGGGGGAAGAGGAGGAGCCUGACAUCAGCAUGUUGCCACUGACUGUUGUUUUAGUGAAGAGUGAAGACGACGAAGACAAACCACCCAAGUGGACACAGCUUCAUUCUCACAGUCCAAGUGGAGACCAUCGUGGAGGAGCACCACCACACAAGCUCUUAGCUCCACUGUCAGACAGUGACGACAUGGAAGAACCUUUGAACAACGAAGCAGACUGUGAAGAUUGGACACACAAGACACGCUCAACUGAAAACUCCUUUAGUUGCUCAGUUUGCAGUGCAACAUUGUCUAAAAAAAAUUUGGGGGAAAAAAACACGAGAAAACACACUGGAGAAAAACCCUUUAGUUGCUCAACUUGUGGUAAAGCAUUCUCUCAUAAGGAGACCAUGAUAACACACAUGAGAUCACACAGUGGAGAAAACCCCUUUCCUUGUGCAGUUUGUGGUAAAACAUUCUCUCGAAAGGAACAUGUGGCAUCACACAUGAGAACACACACUGGAGAAAAACCUUUUUGUUGUUCCAUUUGUAGUAAAAGAUUCACUCUCAAGCCAAACGUGGAAAAGCACAUGAGAAUACACACAGGAGAAAAACCUUUCAGUUGCUCAUUGUGUGGUAAAACAUUCUCUCAUAAGGCACAUGUGGCAUCGCACAUGAGAAUACACACAGGAGAAAAACCUUUCAGUUGCUCAUUGUGUGGUAAAACAUUCUCUCAUAAUUCGCACAUGAUAUUACACAUGAGAAUACACACGGGUGAAAAACCCUUUCGUUGCUCAGCUUGUGGUCAAACAUUCUCUCGGAAGCAAAACAUGGUAACACACAUGAGAAUACACACUGGAGAAAAACCUUUUUGUUGCUCAACUUGUGGUAAAACAUUCUCCCGAAAACUAAACAUGGUUUCACACAACAUACGAGAAGCCCACUUUAGUUCAGUUUGUGGUGGAAAUUACGCUCAAAUGACUACUUGAGGCGGCACGGUGACCGACUGGUUAGAGCGUCUGCCUCACAGUUCUGAGGACCGGGGUUCAAUCCCCGGACCCACCUGUGUGGAGUUUGCAUGUUCUCCCCGUGCCUGCGUGGGUUUUCUCCGGGCACUCCGGUUUCCUCCCACAUCCCAAAAACACGCAUGGUAGGUUGAUUGAAGACUAAAUUGCCCGUAGGUGUCAGUGUGAGUGCGAAUGGUUGUUUGUUUGUAUGUGCCCUGCGAUUGGCUGGCAACCAGUUCAGGGUGUACCCCGCCUCCUGCCCGAUGAUAGCUGGGAUAGGCUUGAGCACUCCCACGACCCUUUAGCAAGCAAUUUAAGCAAAUGUAUUAUAUCAGAAGUGUUAUCGCAAUAUAAAACGACCUGUAUAGGCUGUAAAAUCUUCUCCAUAUUGUACAGCUCUUUGCAUAAACAUUAUCAUAUCAUGAUGUAUAUAAUAACGUCAAAUGAUUUCAUUCCCUCACCCAAUGAGUUUCAUAAGAGAAUCAAUAAAGGAGUCGGAUCAAUAAGUUUGUCUAUGUUUGUCUGCGUGUGUGCCCCGAGCUUGGCUGGCGACCAGUCAAGGGCGCAUGUACCCCAUCUCUCGCCCGAAGUCAGCAGUGGAAGGCGCCAGCACACUUGUGACCCUGGUGAGGAUGAGCGGUGUAAAAAAUGAAUGGAUGGAUGAAGUGAUGAUUCAACUAUUUCAAUUUGUGUCAAAAUGCUAACAUUUAUUUUUGUUUGUACUUUUAUUGUUGUUUUGAAUAUUACAGUAUUGUCAUAUGUGGCCUAACUGACCUCAAUAAGUGGACCUUUGCCUCAUUGAAAAUUUUCUGUGUGGCCCUUUAAGAUUUUAUAUUUGAGUUUCCCAGUUGCAGAAUAUGUUCCGAUAUGUUAAGUUUUACUGCACGUCUUUUGGUUUUGUUGAGUGUUUUGAAACAAAUAUUUAUUACAAAUCAUAGACUGAUCAACUUGUCAAAUGUAUCUUGAAUGCAGAAUAAAAACUAUUUUCCAUACAUAAUUAUUUCUAUUUUAAAUAAUAUGGUAUGUCAGUUGUUGGGUAACAUGAUGAAUUGACAAAGAUCAUAAUGUCAGCACUCUACUUUUGGUCUAAUAAACAAAAGCAUAACUUUCAACGAAACAAUUUAAACUUAACAAUAUUCCAGUUGAAGUUUACUUUGGAGAACCACCCAGUUUUAAUAAAAGCAGCGAAAAUGUGUUCAGUCUCAUAUCUUA